AAGAACAGCAAUAAAUCAAGUAUCCCAAUUCGGAACAGAUCUGUGCAAAAUCCUUGAUGUAACCUGUAGCACGUUCUAUUAUUUGCUGGAGAUUCUAUUCUUAAUCUUUCCGACAACUCAGGACGUGACACCAUAAUUUAAAGUUCCAAACUCAAGGUCGAAAAAGUUGAAUAGAGACGUAAAAGGUCGGUCAGAGAUCGUUCAACCGGGAAAACGCCAGCGGACUUUUAAGCCGAUGCACUUGCGUCGGGUCAGUUUCCUUUGUGCUUACAGGCAACCAGCCGAUAGUCCCUCGAAUCCAUUAGGUAUACAAGAGGAUUCCACCUUGCGCCUUAUCCGAAACGUUAUGUUCCUAAGCACGUGUAUUGGUUAUUUCGACAAACGGAUUGCUUCGCGUAGCUGACGUAAUCGUUUAUCCGCAUAUUUAAAAGCGAAUCUAUUAUACUUUCCUGACGUAAGAUGUUUUUAUGCGAAUCUGUUCUGAGAAAAUCAGAGUCUCUUCGAAUGCGUAUUCAGCGAGUAGUUUUUUUAAAACUCGACAUUAUUAUUAGAAGCAGAUUGAAAAUUUACGAAUUAUAAAUCAGCAAUCGAGAAUUUAAUAUAUAAACAACAUCGCUGGACUAUCGGCCGAAUGCAUCGAAAAAUAUAUUUAAAUAUCUUCCUAAUAUGUUGAAACAAUUUGCAUCACUACUGAAUGACAAAAUGAGGAGAACAUUCUCCAUAUUUUCCCGCGUUAUGCACCGAAAGUGCAUUUUAACUCGUCCACGCAUCCGUCACUCGGGAGAAAUGCGUUAAUUGACCAGUACGGCUUCCUCUCGGAGCCGCGCGAUGAUGCGUUAUGUUCUCAUUUAUUAACGUUCUCAUUUGCAAAGCCUAAAAUGCAACCCUUGAAAUUCAACAAGUGCUUCCCGAAUCCCGAGCGAGAGAGCGAACGGUCGAGCGAACGCGCGAGUGAGUGAAUGAGUGAACGAGCGAGCAACGAGCGAGCGAGCGAACCAACAUCCAGCCUCUAUUGCGUGCGUGACACGACUGAUCCACCUUGUACGCGGGGUGCGGGGUUCAUUCGGGGACGCAAGGUGGGGAUUUGUUCCGUGAGGAUUGGACGGUCGGUCGGCUUCGCGUCGCUUCGGCCAUCGUCGGCCGCGAUCGGAUUCUGGUUUCUCCCGCGGCCGCCUAAGCGGUGUCAGCGUGUGCGCAGACCGGCUGCGCAGCAGGCGUGUGCGUUGUCCAGAUUCUUUGUGCCAUUCCUGGCAUACCAAAAACAAGAGUGGUGACCGUGCUCGUAUUUACCGGGGUGCAGUCCUGUGCGCUAAUAUAACACCGUGUGAAUUUCGCUCGCGAAAAUAAAGGCCGCCCCCGCGUUCGCGCGCGUGCCGCCACGUCACACAGCUCGCCCAGUGGUGCACCCACGUCGCCGUCAUCCUGACCUGCCCGAGAAAUCCUCAUGAAAGACUGGGAACUCAGUACUCAGAAUAGCAUCGGCAGUGCGGUGGCUGCAGCCGACACCAUUUCCGCGCCGUGGACCCCCGCGAGUUCCGGGCCGCCGCCCGACGCCAACGGCUCCGGCUCGGAUACGAAGAACCUCGACGUUGGCGAAAUUAGCGAUGACGAGAAGGACCUGUCGGCAGCGGACGCGGAGGGUGUGUGGUCACCGGAUAUCGAACAGAGCUUCCAGGAAGCUCUUACCAUAUAUCCGCCAUGCGGUCGACGCAAAAUCAUCCUUUCCGACGAAGGGAAGAUGUACGGUCGCAACGAGCUAAUCGCCCGUUAUAUCAAAUUGAGGACCGGUAAGACGAGAACGCGAAAGCAGGUGUCCUCGCACAUACAGGUCCUCGCGAGAAGAAAACUCCGGGAAAUACAGGCGAAACUCAAAGUGGAUCAUGCCACCAAGGAGAAGACGCUCCAGACAAUGUCGAACAUGUCGAGCGCCCAGAUAGUAUCAGCUGGAAGUUCGAUACACAACAAGAUGACCCCCACCCUCGUGGGGCACCUUGCCCUUCAUGCUUCCACCCCUGUCUCCUAUCCCGGAGCGCAAUUCUGGCAGCCAGGACUGCAGCCGGGAACGUCUCAGGAUGUCAAGCCGUUCCCUCAGCCCGCCUACACCGGGAAACCGGCGACGGCGGUCUCGAGCGGCGACAUGGUCCAGCCGGCGCCGCCGCCGCCGUGGGAAGGACGCGCCAUCGCCUCCCACAAGCUCAGGCUCGUCGAGUUCACGGCCUACAUGGAGCAGCACAGAAAUCAGGAGAUGUACCACAGGCACCUGUUCGUCCAAAUAGGAGGUCCCGCAGUCUACGGAGACCCUCUCGAAGCGGUUGACAUUAGGCAGAUAUACGACAAAUUCCCGGAGAAAAAAGGCGGCCUGAAGGAAUUGUACGACAAGGGACCUCAGGCGGCCUUCUUCCUCGUUAAGUUUUGGGCUGAUCUCAAUACCAACAUCCAAGACGAAGCUGCUGCAUUCUACGGUGUCACGAGCCAGUACGAGAGCAACGAGCACAUAAAGAUGAUAACGUGUUCGACGAAAGUGUGCUCCUUCGGCAAGCAGGUGGUGGAGAAGGUGGAGACGGAGUACGCCAGGUUUGAGAACGGCAGGUUCGUCUACCGCAUCAGAGAAUCGCCCAUGUGCGAGUACAUGAUCAAUUUCAUUCACAAACUGAAGCACCUGCCGGAAAAGUACAUGAUGAACAGCGUUCUCGAGAACUUCACUAUCCUCCAGGUUGUCACGGAUAAGGAUACGCAUGAGACAUUACUGUGCACGGCAUAUGUGUUCGAGGUGUCGACGUCCGAACACGGUGCUCAGCAUCACAUAUACAGAUUGGUCAAAGACUAGCCUGCUUGAACUUGCUCGCCAUGCAGCCAUCCACCCCCAUCAGUGCCUACCAUCACAUAAAGAUCAUCCAUACGCGUAUACACGAACACGUAUACAGAACACACGCAAAAGCGAAACACCCACAUAUACAGCCACACGCAACCACACACACACACACACACAUACACGCGCGAAACGCGACACGACGCAUCGAUACGUGGGUGUUAAAAUACAUACACACUCACGGGAAGAUAUUCUCGCGUCCAGGCGAGUUUCUACGGAAGAUAUUCGGUCGAUGACGAAAGAGAUGAUAAAGAUAACUAGGAUAAUAUAAUAAAUAGGAGAAUUGUCCAUAUUGUAAAACCCUUCACGCGAUCCAGCGAAUGAUUUACUUGUGAGUUUUAGGAAGAAUGUCCGAUACACUGUACAGUAAAGACGUCCCCUCCCUCCCCCCGAAGUCUCUACAUUUUUAUCUUUCGAGAAUUCUCGCGCGUUUCCGCAAUAUCGCGGAAGAUAUAUCCUGAGACACGCGAAUGUUUUCCGUGGAACGCCUGGGGAAAAAACUCGAAAACACAUGCGUACACCGUACGUGCACGUACGACAGAGUACUGGCCAGCCCGAGCUUGAGUUUGAUUCGAAGUUUAUAUACUUUUUAAUAACUUAUUGGUCUAAGAGUUUGGACGCGUGUUGCAGGAUGGCAUCUUUGUGCGUGCAACGUGCGCGAUGUCUUCGAGCUCUCAUGGUCAAUAGUUGAUUCGAAACUUCUUUUUCAUUUAAAACAAAGUUUCACUGACGGCUAAGAUAUGAGCCUGAGAUAUGUCGCGUACGCAUGCGCGCACAGAAUUGUAAAUUUUAUAAUACAAAUAGAUAUAAACGUAUAGAUAUUUUAUGACCGUGGAUCAUUAUCCAUCUUAAUCGGCGAGUCCGAUUUGUCUCGGGAUUUUAAAUGUAAUAAAGGGAAUAAAAUAAAUUAAGUUAAAAUCGACAAUAAAUUUUGGUGUGAAAAUGCUUAUUAAUGAGAAGAAUAAGCAUGUACCAGAAGUAAAGAGAAAAAGAAAAGAAAGCAAGAAGAACAAAACGCAGAAACAGACUCUGACCUCGGAAAGGCAUGGUACCAACAUGAUCUAGUAUUAUAGUUUUAUUAUUAAAUUAGGCGAUAGAGAAACCCCCGACAAGACAACACCGAUACACAAAUAUACAUAUAUUACGUAUAUAAGAAUAUAUAUGUUAAAUAUUAAUGCAAUGAUUACGAUUUACAUUGUUAUAAAUGGUCGUGUAUAAAGUUAUCUAAGUGAUUUCUCUCUAAGUUUUAAAGGAAAAAAAAAUGGAGGUUUAACCCGAGAGAUAUGCCAUUACGAAGACGUUUUAAGUACCCUAAAUUUACGAUUGUUCGUAUAAUUUUUUUUACUAAUUGGGUACCGAAAGUACCUAAGAGAGGAACGAAAAACACACCAUACACACAUGCGCACUACACAUACGUUUCUUUUUGAAGCUUCGUCGCAGAAAUGCUUCUCGUAUCUAUAUUGUAUCUAGAUUGUGCAAGAAUUUUUAUCACAUUGUAAGAACAUUCUCGCUGCGGCGUUCUUCAUCGUUGCGACCUGGAAGAACGCGAAUGACGAUCACUUUUAUACGUUUUUAAAAAUCUUUUAAAGCGCACCUACUAAUGUGCAAACCCACCCACUCUUAGGCAGCGACACUUAGGUUUAGAGGGAUGUGUUUGUAUUUCUUAUAAUCGCCUUACUAUUCUAAGAUCAUUUUCUAUAGUUCUUAAACACAAAUGAUUUUUUUUUCGUACGUAGCGUACUUUGUUUGUUUUUAUCUUUCUAUCACACUUACAAAGCGAUGUAUCGGAUCACGUGAAUUUACGGAUAGAAACAUAGGCCACCGUUAUACACACACAGACAUACACUUAAGCGAGAUAACUGUGUGAUAGAGACUUACGAUUAAAAUUUUCUCAAAAAUCCGGCAUUUUUCACGGAGAAAGUAUAUAGAAAUCUGUCUCGUUUAAACGUAACGCGAAUUAUAUAUGGCGGCACCUCGUAAUGUCUCUUUCGUAUACACACACAGCUCAUAUUCUCAACUUACAGAUACGUCAUUUACGAUCGUCUGAUUUCAGUACCGCUCUCCAUAAGUUGCAAGUAUUUUUCAGAACGUCAAUAACGGGAUAAUGCCUCGUAUUGCAAAAACAUUUCGUACUUAAUAAUAUAUUUUACGCACUUGACAUAUACAUGUACCUAACACACACACACACACACACACACACACACACACACACAUGGACCAUGGAACUUACAUACAGAGAUUUUUCAUAAACUCAGUGGCAAUCGUUUAAACAAGUAGAGGACCACACCCAGCAGUUUUGAUCUUAUUUAAUCGCAUCUCUCAUAUAGAUUAUUACGCGUAAAUGCACAGCAACACUUUUUACUUAUUCUUUUAUCCGAUCUGUUGUGUGUUCCCGAAACAGGACUUGCCUAUCGAGCGGUGAAUGUUAACAUAAGCAAGAAGAGAUGAUUAUGUGUAUAUUUUAAGAAGAUUAUAUAUAUAUAUAUAUAUAUGUAUAUAUAUGUAUAUGUACAUAUAUAUAUAUAUAUAUUUAUAUAUAUUACUUAUUGUAUUCUUACUUUAACUUUUACGGAACAAGUGGCAAUGUAUUUUGAUCUCUCUUUUAGUCAGAAAUAUGUCGCUUUUUAUUUGGAGUGAGAAAUGAAUUUACUAUUAUAGUUGACCGGAAGUAUAGAGAGGAAUUUAUAUUUAAUCUCGAUACACACUACACGUGGAUGUGUUUUUUUCUUUUUUUCCGUUUGAACACUGGCAGCUUUCAAUACCUUUUUACUUAUUAUUUUUAUUAUUAUUAUUAUUAUUAUUAUUGUUACCGUUUUUCUUUCGUUUCUUCUUUUGUUUCUCGUGCAUAUACGAUGAACCGAAUCGUUAUCGAUUUAUCGCGUCGAUGUAAAAUUCGCAAGAAAUCGAGCGUGCAUAUCAAGCGAGAAUCGUAACCACGGCCAUGCUAUAUAUACGAAUAAGUUGAUUGUGAUGAUUUUGCUCGUUAGUGCCCGCCGCCGAAAAUAAAAAGUUUUCUUCUAUUUUUUACAACGAACAAAUCAGCGUUACGUGGUUACACAUCGGAUCGUGCGGUAAUCUCCGUUCUAAUUGGAACGCGAUUCAAAAUUCGAAGGAAAUUCCGACUAUCUCUUCUACAGAUUCGUUCUUAUUUUUAAAACAAGUACAAGAAUCUUUAUCUCACUGGGUAGGCUUGAUCAUCAUCAUUCUUCAACACGCGUUUCGAAUAGAACAGAGUUUGCCAUUUGGCGCGUUUUGAGAAACGCGAAAACUGUUUUUGAAAACCGAACCAGCGCAAUACCUUCGGAAGAUACUCAAAGGUUAUUCAGUUUGACCGUGUAGGCUCUUAUUUUGUACGAACAUCCGAUGGAAAAUGAACGGAGUAUGAAAUCGAAAAAAAAA